AGGUGAGCACCACUUCGCGCUCUGCACUCAUCGCGGCUCCUCUCCGAAAGAAACGCGGACACUGUUCGAGACAUUCAUACCCUGCAUGCACAAGAGACCCCGUGACACCCGAUCAGUUUUGCGAAUCUGCUUCGUUUUCUGCCGCACUUGAAGUGCUUUUUACGCGUCGUUGGAUGGUUCAGCUCUCCGUAUCUGUGGCGCUAUAGCACCUGCACCGUAUCAGACCGACGCUCCUGUCAGGCUGCUGCAUCGCUCUACAUUCCUGUGGACCGGACCUCGUCUAAAAAGGUGCAGCAGGAUGCAGGGCGCUCUGCCUGGGUGUGGACUGCAGCCCCUGCUGGCCCUCCUUCUGCUUCAAACUGUGGGCUGUGGCGUAACCGACGCAGACACCAUGGUGAAUAUGCGGAAGGUGACCCAUCAGACCAUUAGCGAGGAGAUGUCCAAAACUGUUCUCCUCCCCUGCCUCUUCACCCUGCGCCCCGGGACCAGUUCAUCCCAUGAGCCCCCCCGGAUCAAGUGGACCAAGGUCUGGGGCCAGAGAGGCUCCGACGGCCUGCAGAAGGAGCAGUCGGUCCUGGUGGCUAAAGACAAUGUGGUCAAGGUGAAGAAGGCCUUUCAGGGUCGUGUGAUGUUGCCUGGUUACAAUAAGAACCGCUACAAUGCCAGUCUUGUUCUGUCAGGGCUGCGCUCCAGCGACUCGGGCCUGUACCGCUGUGAGGUCGUGGUGGGCAUCAACGAUGAGCAGGACACAGUUCCCCUGGAGGUCACAGGUGUUGUAUUUCACUACCGGGCCCCUCAUGACCGCUACGCCCUGUCCUUUGCUGACGCCAAGAGAGUGUGCGUGGAGAACUCGGCAGUCAUCGCAACACCAGGCCAGCUGCAGGCUACCUUUGCUGACGGAUACGACAACUGUGAUGCAGGCUGGCUGUCUGACCAGACUGUGCGGUAUCCCAUCCAGUCGCCACGGCCCGGUUGCUAUGGCGAUCGCGAGGACUCACCUGGAGUCCGUAACUACGGUGAUAGGUCACCCGAUGAGCUGUUUGAUGUCUACUGCUUUGCUAAGCAGCUUCACGGUGAAGUCUUCCACUCCACUGUGACGGAGAAGUUGAGUCUGGCCACAGCCUCCACCCACUGCCACACCCUGGGAGCCCAGCUGGCCACCGUGGGUCAGCUGUACCUCUCCUGGCAGGCCGGUCUGGACCAGUGUGACCCCGGCUGGCUCGCUGACGGCAGCGCCCGCUACCCCAUCAACGUCCCGCGGAAGAACUGCGGCGGAGACGAGCCCGGCGUGCGGACCGUCUACAACAAGCCCGACCGCACUGGCUUCCCUGACACCACGGCUCUGUACGACGCCUACUGCUACCGAGCCCACCACACAGAGGGGGUCCAGGCUGUGGAGGCGCAGGCUUUGUACCAGGGACCCGACCCAGCAGCAGAGCCCAUCUCUCCAGUCACUGAAGCCCAGCGUAGUGCUUCUUUAUCCAAAACCUCCACCUGGACUGGCCUGGUUGACUUGGACAGCGCAGGAGUCAGCUCCAUUGCUGGGAACAACGACUCCUCUGAGAUCUCUGAAGAGCACGUAGUCAUCCAUUUAAGACCGGAGGAGGUUUGGGAUGAAAAACAGGCGAGUCAACUGAGCCAGGAAGAGUCUGAAGGCCCAAAGAGCAGCAGCACCAUGAGCCUUCCAGACCAGGAGAACCAUGGGGGGUCUGCUCAUGAAGAAGAAGAUGGUGGCUAUUAUGGUUCAUCUGACACCCCAACGUUAUCCUCCAUAGCUUCGUCCACUCCCCAGUCACAGACUAGUAACAGUGUGUUGGCUGAGUUUAUGAACACUCUGGUAAGGCCCUUUAGGUAUUUGACAGCAGGUAAGGAGGUGGAGGAAAAGAGACUUUCAGUGCUUAAAGAAAAACAAGGGGAGAACCAGACACAGGGGGAAGCAUCCAGUAGCAACCCGAGUAGACCGAGACCAAGUGGAAACAAGGGCAGCAUGGACAAUGCUAUUCUGGAGGACAGGAGUUUAUCCUCCAGGCCUCCCACCAGUGGACUACAGGCUCCAGAGGAAGGUCUGUCUGAGCAGGAGAAAGAGGUGAUGCCACUGGUUCCAUUAGUGCCUGCAGUCCAAAAAGAUGACAACACUACCCAGCCCGGAGAAAAAACCUCCAGCACGUCUUCUAACAGCCCUCCAUCCAGCAGCAGUAACGGAUUCACUGCCACAGGUCCCAACGAGGGAUCACCACCCACUGAACAUGUCAUGGUAUCCGGGCCUCAGGGUCCCAGAGGUGGCCCUGCUUUCUCUUCAGACCCCAACAACCACUUUCGGUGGGCCAUCAAAUCCAUGCGUGCCCCUAAACUAGGUCCUCCUGGAAAGGCGCCGUUUUUAGGCAAACGCCCCACCUGGGAGCCUAUGGAAGCAAAGAGUGGGCCAGUCGAGGUGAUGACCCUGCCCACCUCCCUUCGACGGGACAUCCCUGAAAACUAUUCUGGUCAGGGGAAGGACCAGGAUGGAGAAGAUGUUAAUGCUGCCAGAGUGGCAUCAGGGGAGGAGAAGGAGAUGGAGGGGAGCGGUGAGGGGAGCAACUUUCCUGAUGGGUUUGGAUUGAAAGCCAACAAGACUUCACUCAGCCAGACUGAGGCUGUGACUGUGGCAGAACACACUACUCUCUCCUACUGGCAGCUGGUGCCACAGCCCACCACCACACCUUCAGACACAGCAGAGGAGGCCAGGGGAGAGAUCCUGUACGUCCACAGGCCCACCGACCACCUCUCCUCUGCUCCUUCUCGAAGAGGAGAAAGCAGUUCAAAUCCAGGUUUCACUGCUUUAUCUACAAAGAACAGCGAAGAAACCAGCGGAAAGGAAGUGGUGACAUCUACACCUGAAGCUCGUAUGGAGGUGCUGACAACCUCUGAAGUGACCACAGUGGAGCUUCUGACAACCAGAGACACGCAGAGGACGGACCCUACCACCACAGCAACCACCACAGAAAACUCCUCAGAGAGCGCCACCACCGAGGAGUCGUCUAUAUCCAUCUCAUGGGUUCAGGAAGACCGGGAGAAAACAACACCCAACCUCUCAGCGACUCCCGCAACCGGCGACGGAUCUCAAACGACUACGGGCGUCGUUCAGUUGACCACUUUUGCAUCUGACUCUAACGUUGGCGCCACACAAAUGGAAUCCAGGUCUGCCGUGUCUGAGUCCUUCGUGGUGGGAAGUCGGUGGACACCUUUCAAAACCCCAAAGUCAGAGGACCAUAAAACGACGAAAGACAACAAAGACACAAACAACCCUUUCGGCAUGCUCAUACCCAACUGGGCCUUCGGACUCGUCCCAUCAGUGGAGAAUAACCCAUGCCAGACCAACCCGUGUCUCCAUGGAGGGAGCUGCCUGCAGGAGGGGGAUGGCUAUAGCUGCUACUGUCCUCAGGGCUACUCUGGAGAGAGCUGCGAGAUCGACAUUGAUGACUGCCAGUCUAACCCAUGCCAGAAUGGAGGAACCUGCAUCGAUGAGAUCAACUCCUUUGUGUGUCUUUGUCUGCCCAGCUACGGUGGAGCGACUUGUGAGAAAGACACUGAGGGCUGCGAGCACACAUGGAGGAAGUUCCACGGUCACUGCUACAGGUACUUCAGCCGGAGACACACCUGGGAGGACGCUGAGAAGGACUGCAGGGAGCACAGCGGACACCUGGCUAGUGUCCACAGCCUGGCCGAGCAGAACUUCAUCCGAGGUCUAAGCCAUGACAACACAUGGAUCGGGUUAAAUGAUCGCACAGUGGAGGACGACUUUCAGUGGACCGACAAGAUGGAUCUGCAAUAUGAGAACUGGCGUGAGAACCAGCCGGACAACUUCUUUGCUGGAGGAGAAGACUGCGUGGUGAUGAUCGCUCAUGAGAACGGCAAAUGGAACGACGUGCCAUGCAAUUACAAUCUGCCCUACGUCUGCAAGAAGGGAACAGUGCUUUGUGGCCUCCCGCCCAGUGUGGAUAAUGCCUUCCUGAUUGGUCGGAAACGCUCCCACUAUGACAUCCACUCAGUAGCGCGUUACCAGUGUGCCGACGGCUUCCUGCAGCGCCACGUGCCCACAGCCAAGUGCCGCGCCAACGGGAAGUGGGACCGGCCCAAAAUCAUCUGCACAAAAUCCCGGCGAGCCCACCGCUACCGCCGCCACCACCACAAGGGGAGGAGGGAGCGCAGGAAGCACAAGAAGCACGGCCACAGAGAGGGGGGGCACCACGGGGGGGAGCAGGGCCACAACCACGCCCACGUCUGAACCAAAAACCCGCUUUCCUACUUUCUCCUCUGCUGCCAACUGCGGUUUGCCUGUCGUCCUUUUCCUCCUGCCCAAUUCCCCCAAACACUACUUUACAUCUUACAGCUCAAAACUCAAAGCCCCCCUCCCUACACUGCACUGCCCCUUCCUCCCCCUUCAGCUCCACCCCUGGCUUUCUGAGUCAGCCUGUACCAUAGUCAGCUCUAAGGCCUGCAGAGAUGCUGUGAGGUGUCACCGGGACAAUAUCAAAUCCCUUUGUACUCGUUUUACUUUCUUUUCUCUGUUCUCGUCUUACCUUUUCCGUCUCCCCACCUUUCCUCCAACUCGACCCAGUUACACUCCCCCCCCUCCCGAGCUCAACGACGACCUGAAACACGGGGCUACGCUGACCUGUUUUUGAGAAAAAAAGGAAAAAACCUUUGAGAUCCACACCGAACAUUCUUCGGAGAGAUGGUUUUAACUAUAAAUAGGGACGACAUCACUGAAAAUGCCGUGUCAGAAUCAGACGAGUCAAGGGAGACAUCCGUGUUGUUGACUUUGAGCCUUUUGUCUGUUGAACACAUGUUAUUUUUUACAAAUACUCAGUGUUUAUUUCUGCUGCUUUUGGUUCCUUCUUUGUAAGACAUUGUACUUGACUUAAAGCGACUUCUUCUGAAACGGAUGUAAUAGAUUUUCUUUGAAUCAGAGGCAGUUGUAAUUGAAUUAUUUGAUUGUUAGCGUUGUAUCUUCUUGUCAGUGUGAGACAGUUACUUUAGAUCAGAUGCUUAAACCCCCAGAGGAAAAUGGAAAACACAUUGCGUAUCAAUUCAGUCUCAUCAAACAUCAGUCGCAUUCAGAAGUGUCGAUCUCACAGAGCUCUUGUUGUGUCAGACAUCCAUCCCCGACAUGUUCGAGGGUUAAUUGAAACCUUUGAUGUCAGUUUGUCUCAACCCAGCUCAGCAAUCCUAUGUUUGCUUUUGCCUUUUCUGAUAGUUUGUGUCUCACUAAGAACAUGUGCUGUGACUUAAUGAAGUCGAUGCGGCAGGUCAAAGCUCCUCUAACUCAUUGACAGAGUUUCACGUCUUUGGUCUGAUAAGGAAAAAAUGAUGCUACCAGCCCGGCAUGAGAGACACAGAGCUGGUUAUAUUUCAGUAGCCGCCUCAUAAGUCAAGAACAAGAUAUGACAUGCCCAAACACAUGUCCUUUUAAAAUAACUAUUGUGUUUAGCUGUCUUAAAAAAUAUCCUAAAACAAAACUGAUUCUGUAAAUUAAGUGAGGUAAUACUUCCCUGUUUUAGUGCUUUUUCUAUUGUGUUUGAAAUGUUUUAGAGUGUACCUGCUAAACGCUACAUCAUGUACACAGGCUAACUGUCUCUGUCUCUUCAUGUAGCGACAUUCAGUUAUUUACAAUGUAUAUUGAUAUAUACAGCUCCCUGUUUGGCUAGAAACUACACUGAUGAGAGCGGUGAAUCAAAACAAGUUAGGAGCCACAAAACCAAAACAAUAGGACGAAAGAGGCUAAAACGCUCCAUGAAGCUAAGGGGAACUACAGUCUGUGGGAUUGAGUUGCUACAAGCAUUACCUUUUACAUUACAAUUUGUCAUAUGAUCUAUUGUUUAUAUAAGCGCACUAGAGCCGUGCGUGCGUGCGUGCGUGCGUGCGUGUUUAUGAUUGAGCGUGUUGACAGUGGCUGAGGUCCCAGAGGAUGAUGAUAGAGAGGGUCGGCAGAGAUUAAGGUUUCGACACCUGUGCUCGCUCCUCUGCGUGUCCUGCUUUUCAGAGAGGAUCCAGACGGAUAAAACAAGCGCCUUGCUCUCCUCCUCUUUCCCUUUUGACUGCGGGUUAAAUUGGUGUUUUUUAAAGCCAGCACUUGAGGUUAAGGCUGCUGGGAUUACGUCCCAAACACUGACUCCAGCACUUUUAUCCUUUCAGCUUCUCCUCGUCUCACUUUACUGCUUUUCAUUUAUCUUCCCCACUCCACAUUCUUUUCACUGUCGAUGAGUUUUUACAAUAGAAAAGUAGCAGAAGGACUUACAUCCAGUUUUACCAGCUCUUUAUUGGUGUAAGACUAACGUUGGUGUUUUUCAGCCUCGUUUCAUGUAUCUCAUAAAGAGAACAGGAUCGGGUAAGAGAUUCCACCCUGUGCGCAUGAAUUCCCUGCCUUUGUUUGUCCCUCCUCACCUUGGCAAUGACAACACUCCUCCUCACGGAGAAGAGUGAACCUACACCUCCGUAUCAGGUUAAUUAAUCUGCUGCAUGCCUAAUUAACAAGUUACAUUAUCUGCAGAGCUGUGGUGACGGGGGAAGGGUUAGGGUGACGGACAGGAGACCCAGAGAACUGUCACAGCCGUCCAGCGUCUGUCGUCUGAGAUGUCAGGCUGCAACGGACCCCUUUUUUUUUCUAUCUGUCAUGAAAAAUGGAUGGAGCACUGGUAGUUGAAUGAAAGGGCACACAGAAGCCCCUCUCACUGUUAUUCAAAUCAGAGCAGAUGUCAAGAGACAGUGUCAUUACUGCUGUGUAAAGAUUCAGCUGUGUGACGUUUCAAACUUUCCAAAACUUUAUGGAGUGAAAAGCAGAAUUGUGGCCGGAGAGCAUGAGGAAAUGAGAUGAAAAUAGAAUAGAAUUGGACAACUAAUAAGCUAAGAUAAAAACAUAAUCUUUGUGUAUGUUUAAGUGAGCAACUGAAGUUGAAUCUGCUGUUAUAUCUUGUCUUCUACUUCUGCAAAGAUUUCGAGCUUUCUAAAAAGACACCACAGAUUUAUGCUUAAUAAGUUGUUAUGAAAGGAUUUCCCUCAGAUGAUGCAUUCUUUUUUUUGUUAAACUCUAAAAAAGUUUGACUUCUACAACAAAGGAGCCUAAAUGUGUGUGUGGGCUGUGUGUGUUGUGUUGUUUGCUUUUGGCCCAUCCUCUGGGACUGCUAUGUUGUUUUCUCUUUCUCUUGCUUUUCUUAAAAAUGCCAACCUUUUCCUCACAGCUUCUGUCCAACACUCUUUUCAUUGAAUUAAUGCAAAAAAAACACACAUUUCCACACACUCAUUUCUGCUCUUCAAACUUCAAACACACUGACCCUCGCGCUCAGAAGUGUCUUUGCUUUUCCUCCUUUUCAUCUCCUUGGCUCGCUCCCCUCUCCUCUCCUCUCGGUCUCUCUCGUGGAAGCCCUGAGGGCAGCAGAUACACAGAGACCGGGCUUUUUAAUUGUGAGUCUUAAUUGUGAAGAUGAGUGACUUACCGGAGGCUUCUGCCAGCUGAACCCCGGCUCUGCAGCCUGAGGGGAGCAGCAGGCCAACCAUUGGACGCCUCUGCAGCCAGCAGGCCUCUUCUCAGGCUCUGCCACCUCUCCUAACUGUGAACGGGUUAUUCCUCUUACUCACAGCUCAAGUAUUCAGCAGAGAGGAGAUAACUGUGUGACUGUUUUACCCUCUAGAUAGCACCGACGGGAGCACAGCUUGUUUAAAUGAGUUAGUAAAUGUGUGUCUGGUUGCAUCAUUGUGACAGAAUUUACUUUGGGUGCGCUUGUGUCUCAACAGCAGGUAUUUGCAGCGUUCAUUAAUAUUAAUAUAACUCACUGAAAAACACAACACAACAAAUACAAAAUGUCAUAGUGAGAGGAAAAACCUGGAAGAGGGUUAUACAACUCUGACUUAAAACCUCAGUAUGAAAUUAAAUAAUAGAGAACAACAACAAAAAACUAAUUAGACCUCCUCGAAGUGAAUAACAAGUACCUUCCAGGCAUCUAAAUGAAGAGAGAAGAAGAUCACAAUCACCUGAGUGAUGAAUGUGUUUUUUUAUAUCACUUGAUUUUCUUUGUGAUGGUGAUUUGACAAUGCCUGACAAAGCUCUCUGUUAGGUCACUGCAAAAAGCUCGGGGCUCUUGAUGCGGUGUGUGGAUACUUUGCCUGAUUCACAUCUUUAAAUAGAUGAAAUGCAAGCGAGUAGAAAUUGAUCGAUGGUUAAGUCCCCUUCAUUGUUUUCAAUGUAGUUCCAACUUGAGUUUCUCUCAUGGGAAAAUAUCUGUUUGAUAAUAGUGGAAGAUGAACCACUGAAAACGUGUGUAUACUUUGAAACAAUAAGCCUUACAGACAGGCGUUACUCUUAGCUCCUGUGGCUGUAAUUAUAACGCCACACUCUUUGUCUGCUUAGCAUACAGACUUGGACAAACAAGACAAAAGAUCAAUUUCUUGUUUUACCAUUGGCAUUUUUAAACAUUGUUUCAGUUUAAGAGAAAUGGCUUUGUGUUUGGCAAAUGUAAAACUAAGGUAGCUGGGAUGCAAAAUUGUAGGAAAGCGGAAUAGAGAGAAAGCAUCCAAAAUCAAUGGAUAUGCCAGUCGGGAACAGGGUUUUCUUCUUCUUUAAUUGUUCUUCUUUGUUUUAGCGAAAUCUCUAACCCUCAGUUUGAAGUAACGUCAGGUGAGGUUACAACGGUUUGUACUUAGCUAGUUAGCUGAACAUGCUAACGAAUGCAUCUGAAGUUUGAGUGAACAAAGAGACCCCAUUCCUUACAUUGUGUCUUUCAUUUUGAAACAUUUCUGUGUGUAUGUGUGCGGGCCUUUGUGCAAACAGUGUUAAAUCAAACUUGAGAAUCUCUGUUGCCCACGUGAACUGUAACAACUGUCAGUGACUGUACACCUGAUGCAUUCAAAUGCUCCUCUCAUCGCCAAUGACAACCUGAUAAGAGCGGUGAGGGCUGCUGUCCUCAGUCGCACACAGACAGACUAUUGAUUUCGUGAUUACGCUGUCUGUCUUGGCUUUCUAUUAAGACUGUCGAUGGCAUUGACGGCACAAUAGCGGCGACUGACCGCUGGACGUUUUCUAAAAGACAUCGACUGCUAAUGCUGCCUUUGCUUAAUUUGCAUCAAUAUCCUCAUCCCAUCAGACUAAACAAAAUUAUGUUCAACCUGUUGACAUCGCCUCUUCACUGUUCAGCAUCUAAAGCACAGGUACUAGUGCUGUUUCUAUGACAUCGUCUCUGUCUGAAAUUGAGCCGAGACGAUUUAUCAUUGACGGGAAACCUUCUGCAUUCUGCUGGGAUGGAUGAAUGGGAAGAUGUUUCAGUGAGAGAAUGAGAAAUGAAAGAGACAAACGCAGAGCAGAAAUCAAUGACCCACUCCUUCUCCUCUGUGAUGUAAAUACUCUGAGGUUUUCCUUUUUUAGAAAAUCCAUUUAGACUCUGGGUGUGUUUUUUGCAUAUAGCCUCUGUGGACCAUAUUCAUACAGCCUCAGUGGAUCCAAAAAGAGGCAUCUCCCUCCUCUAGUUUCUCCCUUCUGCUCACACACCCUGCUGUUUUUAACCGCUGCAUCAGUAAGACAAAACAAAGACAUUCAACACACACUGCAGGACAUCCAGAAGUGAGAUGAUGCUUCACGCAGCAGAGACAUUUCACUUCUUUGGCUCUUUUCCCCGCACAACAUUCUGUAGCUUCCUGUGUGUUCAUGUCGACUGUGAUCCCAGACAAAUAUAACAGCAACUGAGCCCGUCUACGGCUGUGUGAAGGUGGUCCACAAGUAUUUAUCCAUAUUUAUUGAUGUAUGUUCUUUAUGAAUUCCAGUCCUGUCAUUGUAUUAUAUUCUUUACAAGACAAAUGAUCAUUAAAGAAACCCUUGUUUGGAUCUGUAA